AUGAUAAUUCGGCACCGCAAAGGCGUAGACAAUGUAGUGCCUGAUGCUCUAUCGAGGUCGGUUGAAGAGCUCUCCACUUCUCCGAAAAGUCAAGAUUGGUACAGCAACAUGAUGCGAAAGGUUCAAACGGAACCCGAAAGAUUUAAAGACUUUCGAAUCGACGAUGGAGUACUCAAAAAGUUUGUAGCAACCCCUAACGAUCUUCUAGAUUAUCGAUUCGAGUGGAAAGUAUGCAUUCCCUCGAACAUGCGCGAAAAAGUUUUAGUGGAAGAGCAUGACGAUGCCCUCCACCUAGGAAUCGAUAAAACCAUAGCCUUGGUCAAGAAAAAGUAUUACUGGCCUAGGUUGGCCAACGACGUACGAUUUCACAUCCAAAAAUGCAUGAUUUGCAAGCAAAGAAAAGGAGAUGAGCAUAGGGUGGAUAGGGAUGAGGAAGAGGUAUCGGAUGAGGAAAGGAACGAUCGGUUCUCUCCAACGCUGGUAUCGAGAGCCCAACCGGUAACCUCCGGUGAGCACCAGAAAACCGCAUUCGCCAUUUCCGCCGCCACCGCCACCAUUACCGCCAUUCCGCCAGUUGCCACACCGUCAUCCGCCAAAACCACCACCCGCCACCCUAAAACCGUUAAACCGCAAGUAUUGUAA